AUGUAUGGCUACGUAUUGCAUGUGGCAAAAAUGAAGCAAAGCGGGGUCAUGUGUUGGCGGAAACUUGAGCGAGGCAUGGCUUGCUGGUAUAGUUAUGCAAAUUGCUACUCGACAAAUACGAUUAGCCAGCGCGUGAACAAUGUUGGUUUGAUAUGUCAUCGGCUGUGCUCGACUAUUUCAGGUUCAACUCCAUCGUUUCCUCAAUUAUUAUGCCCUACAGCAUCAACAGGUCAAAUGCGAUCGAUUUCAUCGAACAACUACUCGAAAGAUGAAAAUGACUCUCAUACAGAACUGGCUCCAAAAUUACUUAGAUUGGCAAAUGAAACUGAUCCAAUACUACAUAAUCCAAUAGAAGAGAUGUCGUUAGCAGACAUUUGCGGGGAUGAAACAAAACAAACUGUAGCAGAUAUGAUAUAUUCAAUUCGACCAGAGCAGUUACAAAGUGCGAACACUCCGUAUAAAAAAGCGGCUGGAAUGGCAGCGAACCAAUGGAAUAUAAAUAAGCGCAUCUUUCUGUUUUGUCCAGGUGGCAGUGAUGGAGAGGUGAAAGUUAUAUUUAAUCCAGCCUAUAAACCAAUCACGCUCACUGAUAAUCUUGUCCAUGAAUCGAAAUCGACAACUGUUAAUCAGUCUACGAAUUGCGCUAGAGAAAGUUGCUUUAGUGUUCCGUAUGCAUAUGGCACAGUCGAACGGUAUACACACAUUGAAAUCAGCUACAUUGAUGAUAAAGGAAAACAGCAUACGGGUGAAAAACUAUCAGACUGGCAAGCUAGAGUCUGGCAGCAUGAAACAGAUCAUUUGAACGGAAUAUUGUAUUCCAACAGACAAUCGGGUAUCGAUAAUGGGCCAAACUGCACUGAACUACAUAGAUUUCAUACUAAAGACGAAUUAGAAAACUGUCCAAAAUAA